ACUGUGCACAUGCUGAAGCUUUUGUCACUAAGAAGCAUUUCGCAUGAAUCAGUCCCUGGCUUUGACUUUGAACUCUAUUUAAACUUACUGCAAUCCUACCAUGGUCUCUACUCCCGCGUCGCUCAGCUGAUACUCCUUACACAUGCCGCUAUUGAUUGCAGACGCGUACUUCAUCGCUAUCGGGGUCGAGGUCUUUCUCCAUGGGAUGUACACCGCUCUCUGGCUAGUGUCGAUGUAUCUCUUGCUGGAGAAAACCAAAGUGAUUGUCGUCAUGACUGUGUUAAACUCCAUAAUGUGGACAGUAGCGACCUCACAUAUGGCGAUCAGCUUUCAACAAAACUUUGAUGCCUUUCUCCACAACCAUGCCGCGGACAACCCCGUAGCUUUCGAGGACAACUCUGCACCAAAUAUAUAUUUGCAGAUAUUGCUAGAGUGCAUUAACAUUGUAAUUGGGGAUGGGAUCGUUAUAUGGAGAGCCUGGAUAUUAUGGAACCGAGAACGGUGGGUCAUUUUCACAACCGCCACCCUCCUUACCGGCACCGUAACCGGUGCUAUCGGACUAAUUCGAGUAUACACCAUGGCACCUCCGGGGAUCACCCUCUUCGAGAAUCCUUCUUUGAGCGCUUGGGCGACGGCUUUCAUAGGCUCGACUCUAAUAACGAAUAUCUGGGCUACAUCUCUCGUCGCGUAUCGUACAUGGUCGCAUAAUAAAUUCAUCCGUGCCGUAACAGGGGAAAGGUUCAUGAAUAGAAUCCGAAGGCAAAAUGGAAUACUCCCCAUUCUAAUCGAGUCUGGCGUCUUCUACUGCUGCACAUGGUUUGUAGCUAUCAUAUCUUUCGUUUGCGGAAACAACUUCAUCUACAUUGUGAUAGAUAUUCUUUCACAGCUGACGGCAAUAUACCCUACGCUGAUUAUUACUCUUGUUUGCCUGCGAUCCACGCUUGACGUCGCCAUCGAAACAUUUCAGCGGACGACGCAAGAGUGUGCUGCAAGAGCGGACAACGCAGGAAAUCGCAACCAUAUCAUCACUACGACAUCGUAUCCACUUAGUGAUUUCAGGGUAGCAGUGCGGACGACAGCGCACUCCUCUGGCUUUGCCCCAUCAGACGCUAUAAGUCGCGUUGGGGAGAGUACUAUGAAUUCUGACGAGCCUUCGCAUGUACCUUGCGAAGACAGUCUUGGAAACAUGCGCAAAACCGAGGACAAAAUGAAUAUAGUAUGACAUUAGGCGUACUUGUCAUUUUGUUCCAAGUUGGAUACCGCGAAUGUUUAGACUAUUUUUGUUGUAAAAUACACCUCAUCCUAAAUACCCCGACGAGACAGAUAC